AAACAACAUGGAGACUCUUCUAUGAUUUUCCUGAAUACACACUAAAGUAAAAGUUUUACCAAUCUAAAACUGUAAUGGAGGGCUUUUAGUAUCUGCAAUUCAUUUUGUUUGCUGUUUAUGAGAUUAUUUCUGGGAUAAAGCAUAAACUGAAAGAUGGGGAAGAAUCAGUCUAAAUAUGAGGACGACCAUUUAAUGGAAGAGGGGAAGCAGGUACAGAAAGUGCAGAACAUCAACAAAAUCCAUGGAUUGGCCAGAUUGAUAUCAGCCAAGCGUGACCACCAACAGAUAGUAGCAGCUCAGGGAUGGUCCAAACAGGAUGAAGAUAUGAGAAAUAUGCAGAUUCUGAAAGGUUUAUUUAAGAAGCUGGAUCCCACAGUGAUGAAAGCUGUAGGAGACGUCAGGGGAGAAAUACAGAUAUCUUUUAAAUAUGAUUUCAAAAGACAUUUACUGCUGGUCAAGGUCAUCAAAUGUAGAGAGCUAAGAUCUAAAGAUCUGAGAUCCAAAAUGUCUGAUCCUUACGUGAAGCUUGAGAUGACCCCUGAUGUAGAAGAUGCUGAGGAAAAAAGAACAAGAGUAUAUCCACAAACCAACAACCCAAAGUUUGAUGAAAUCUUUGCCUAUCCAUUGACAGAAACAGAACUAAUAAACAGGAAGUUGGUUGUUAAAGUAAUGGACAGUGAUUUGCUUGGGAGAGAUGAUUUUCUGGGAGAAGUUAUAAUAGAUAUGAACACAUUUAACUUUAGAGACAGCCCUAUACAUACAGCAUGGUAUAAUUUGAAUAUGGAGACUGACCUUGAUGUAACUGGUGACCUUGAAGUGAGUGUUGAAUUCCAGCAUCCCUCAUCAUUGCUGGUUACUAUACAUGGGGCACAUGGUUUAUCAGCUAGAGAUGAUGUUUCUUUAGCUGACCCAUUUGUAAAAGUAACGGUACCAGGAACUAAAUUGAUGUUUCAGACCAAGGAAUUGAAGAAUACUGUGGAUCCUGUGUGGAAUGAGACAUUUGAAUUUGAAGUAGCUCUUGAAGAACUUCCUCAGAGAUACAUAAUCUUCCAUGUGAUAGACAAGAGCACCUUUGGUGGUAAUGAUUCUCUAGGUCAAGUCAUCAUUGAACUCAUGACCUUUAACCCAGACCAUAGUCUGCAUGAUUUCUUUAGAUUGGCAGAUUUAAGAAAUACUGAAAGAUUGAAGAGUAAAUGGGCACAGCAUGCCACAGCAGAGGAGUUUAGAGAAUCGUUGGUGGCACAUGCCAGUUCUAGGCAUCCUACAUUUCUUUUCCAAGAACAUACAGGCAAAAAGAUUGUGAGCGUAAGUUGCAGAAAGGCAGGAGCACAAGGAAAGGUUCGCAUUAUAGACGGAAUUCCAGUGAAAUAGAAGAUUAGAAAAAUAACGAUGGAACUUGUUUACAUUAUAAGCAAUAUUUAGAAAAAUAUUAGGAUGGUUAAUGAUAUUUUUAUAUCUUUUUUACUAAUAUGAUUUUUGAGUACAUUAAUGAUUUGUUUAACCCUUUCAUAAUUUUUAUUACAUCUUUUUAUUUAUACCGACCGUUCCCUACUCCUACAAGUGUGUAAGCCAUUCAAGAGUCUUCAGGCAAAGACAGUCAUUCCACAAGAACUUCCGUUUGUAUUUAAUGUAUAGGUAUUUCAUGAAUAUUACUUAAAAUCAUUAAUAAAAUAAAAAUAAUUCACAAAUGAGAGGGCAUACCCAGUCACUAUGUCUCCUGGUUUGACCAUUAGGUACCUGGGGCCGCCCGUUACCUUUUAAGUACAUUUAAAACUAAUUAGAAUUUUUAUAUUGCUUUGAAUCUUAAUUUAACAGGUAAUUCACAAAGGUAUAUUAGCCUGUAGCAUUGUGGUGUGACAUAUUUAUGAAGCAUUUAUUGAUAAUUUCAACUUUCCCGUUCAAUGUCAACUUUCUGUCUAAAUGACUUUGUGGGGAUAGUGGCAUAGAAUCUUCAUAAAGACUGAACAUGAGCUUAUAAUUUAAAUCUCCCCCUGUUAUAUACCCUAUCAUUUUAAACCCCUGUCCUUUCAUUAUUCUUAUUUUUUAUAGGUGCAUACUUCAUAUACGAUCCUUAAAAGUUGUAACGAUAUUACACCUUUCAAUAAUAGUUUUACUUGUACGUAAUAAAUUAAGGAAAUUGCGCCAUUAUAUAUUUUCAUAAUAAAAUUUUGGUUCCCAUGAAUUUGACUACGUAAGUAUGCCCCAGAUCAGUGCAGGCAAUACCUACCAUAGUUGUUCCUAGUGGCGAAACAUGAAAAUAUUGGUUCCCGAGAAAUCUUAUCGCAAACAAGAAUUUUAUCUGUCGAUUUCAAGUGUCCCACACUGAUAAUGCUCUGUAGUAAACAGGUGACAGCAUUUUUUAGUUCAUUUUUUUCUGCUUUUACAGUUAAACAAACUUAAUGCAUUUUGCAAAGUUAAUAAUUUUACCUUAUCUUUAUAUAAGAUAAGUAUCAGAACCUGUUUUUAUCUGAUGAAAUGAUUUUAAUAUCAGACAAUCUACAGUUUGUUAUCAGUAGUAAACACACUGGGAACAGAUGCCAAAAGACAAACUUCGUCAACGCUUCGGUGCUGCUAUUUCUCAACUCCCUCAAAAAUAACAUGGCGUUCAAGUUUUUAUAGAAUGAGAUUUGUGAGUAAAAUCUGGAGUGUUGAAAUGCUGUUUUCAAACAGUCUUUCUUCGAUGAAUAGCUGAAAUAUUUUAAGAACAGUACACAUUGUAAUAGUACACAUUUCAACUGUUCAUCUUUAAAUAGCUUAAAUAUUUUGCUUAUAGUACACAUUGUAAUUUGUUUUGAUGCCAAACGAAUUCUAGUAUAUAUCCAUUGGUUUUUUUUCUUUUUUUUUAUAUAUUUUUUUUUCAAAUUUGAAUUUGAAUUAAAUGAAUAUUGUGAAUGGGAAAGAAAUUUGAUGUCAAUAUUUUAUUAAUUCGUGCUGUUUGAUGCCUUCGAUUACAAUGUACCAAUGACAGAAAUCAAAGUAGUAUCCACAGAAUGAAGUUAGUCUAUAUUUCAUAUUUUGUUUCUUUUAAAUAAAAUUGUUCUUGCAUAUUUAUACAUCCAUGAUAGGGACACUGUUUAACUGUAUAAUACAAUUAAAAAUGAAAAUCUGUAAAUUUGAGUUCCAGUUUCAGUUUGAAAGGAAUUUAAAAUUGGUCAAUACAUACAAUGUUAGGGUUUUCUUCUCUCUUAUAAGCAGAAUGUGAUGAAUUCGAGAAUAAACUUUCUUAAUGUGUUAAGGAAUUAUGUCCCAACUUAUAUUGUUGUGGAAAGCUAUUAUGGCAUCAGGAAAAAAAGUUUUAUAGUUAAUGAAACAGUUUAUGAGGUGAUACUGUAUCUAUAUCUAUAUCUGUAUUAUUUUGUACUUCAUUUUAGCAUAAAUCUUGCAUCAUAGUUUAAAAUAUUUUUUUUAUUUAUUUUUUUUGUUACUUAAUUCAUUCCACCUUCUGUACAUAAUUUUCAAAUAAGUUUAUUUUUAUGAUAUUUAUAUUUGUUAUGAAAGUUACAAAUUGAGCCAUGUACGAUCAAGUGGCCACAUGGCUUAAAGUUGUGAAUCAUUGCUUUUUAACUGCAGGUUUUAAUUCUAAUAGAAAUAUAGACCACAUUGUUACUAUAAUAUUAUACACAUUUUUCUUUUUACAAUAUAUUUUGUUCUAUCAUGGUAGUAGAUCUACCCUAAUGACAACGACAGCUGGGCUGCCGAAUUUUGUUAUAAAUUUAUAAAUUCUAUUAGAAACAUUAAUAAAAAAAAAUUCUAUA